UCUAUAAAUAACAUGAGUAAUGUGUUUGAUGUGGGAAAAAAACAUCUUAAAACGUAUAAAGCCGAAAAGAGAAGGAUGUUUUGGAAACGCGAGAAGCGAUAUGUGUUCUGUCAGCAUGAACAGUGUGCACUAUGAGAGAAUCUCGAUGGCGAGCGGAAGAUUUGCUUUGUCGCUUAUCCUGACGCUCGUCGCUGCGUUAAUAUUUUCUGAAUAUAUGAUUUAUUACGCUGUUAUUUCGCAAUGCUCGUGGCCUGAUUUAGAUUCGCAUUCAGAUGUUCGGGCGUUAUUCCUCUCUGAUACACAUUUAUUAGGGGCCAUCAGAGGACACUGGCUGGACAAACUCAGAAGAGAGUGGCAGAUGGAAAGAGCAUUCCAGACUUCUUUGUGGCUUUUCAAACCAGAAGUUGUUUUUAUUUUAGGAGACGUGUUUGAUGAGGGCAAGUGGAGCUCGGCUGAGGACUGGGAAGAUGACGUCAAACGUUUCAAACAGAUCUUCCGCCAUCCCAGUGACACAGAGCUUGUUGUUCUUACCGGAAAUCAUGACAUCGGCUUUCAUUAUGAAAUGACACAGCAGAAGUUGGAGCGGUUUGAGCGAGUGUUUAAUGUGACGUCAGCCCGUAUCCUUACCAUUAGAGAUGUCAAUUUCUUGCUGGUGAACAGUGUUGCUUUGCAUGGUGAUCACUGCCUCAUCUGUCAGCGUGUGGAGAAUGAAUUGUACAAACUCUCGCAUGCUCUUAAUUGCUCCAUUCAGGUAAUUAAUAUAUAGACAUAUUGGUUUCAA